AUGCAAGAAUUGCCACAGAGCUGGAAUCACCUUCGAGGCCCAGGAGCCGUAGCCUUUGCCAAGGGUUUGGAGGCAAACAUCUUCCUGAAAGUGCUGGACAUCUCUCACAAUGGCUUUGGAGACCCUGGAGCCUCUGCCGUGGGUGAGGCACUUGCGACCAACAAUGUGCUGGAGGAACUCAGCAUGAGCAAUAACCGCAUCUCUGCAACGGGCGCCCUGAGGCUGGGCCUGGGCCUCCGGGUCAACCAGACACUAAGGAUCCUUGUUGUGUCGAGGAAUCCUAUGCAAAGUGAAGGCUGCUUUGCUGUUCUCAAGUCUGUCCAGGAUAAUUCAGCAUCUGCCAUAGAACUGCUGGAUUUCUCUAAUAUCCACGUGAACAGAGAGUUUGAUGACCUUGCUAGUUCCACGAAGGUAAUUCUCCCAGCACUUUGCAUAAAGACUGCUGCUCAUAGAGUGGAAUACAAAAAGAGUUGCUGCCAGUGUCUGACCCUAAAUGACUACGGAGUGGUAAGUCCUGUGGAGCCAACCUUCACCGUGACUUGA